AUGGAAUCUAAGAACUGUCACCUUGUUGUUCUUUGUCACGGUCUUUGGGGAGUCUCUGAGCACUUUGCCUAUAUCGAGGCCCAGCUGAAAAACCAUGCUUCCUUGAGCGCCAGCAAAGACCAGCUAAUAGUCUAUACCACAAAGACCAACGAGAGGUUCAAAACCUACGACGGUAUCGACCUCUGCGGUACCCGUGUCGCAGAGGAGAUUCUUGCCGAAGCCCUAAGAUUGCAAGAACAGGGAUUGACUGUUAGUAAAUUUUCUGUUGUGGGCUAUUCUUUAGGAGGAUUAAUUGCACGGUAUGCCAUCGGUGUUCUGCACUAUCGCGGAUUUUUCUGCAACAUCGAGCCUGUUAAUUUCACUAGUUUCUGUUCUCCGCACGUUGGAGUCCUCACUCCGGGCCAGAGCGUCAGUAUCAAGAUAUUCAACUGGCUGGUGCCUGUGCUCCUGGGCAAGAGCGGCCACCAGCUGUUUCUCAAAGACUCGCCUACUGUGCCUCUUCUGAAGCUGAUGUCGCUUCCGCACACCGUAUUCUACCGCGGCCUCGCCAGGUUCAAGAACAUCUCGCUGUACUCGAACAUCCGCUCCGACAUCCGGACAUCCUGGUGGUGUUCUGGAAUCAGCUACAUCAACCCGUUUGACAUCCUGGACAAGAACCCCAACGUCAAGAUCGACCAGGACGGCUUCAUCCACUUCGAGAACGGCUCCAAGUUCAGCCUGAAGUUCAUUGAGGACUACAAACCGGUCGUCCUGGACGCCGACCAGCCGAUCACGUUCACCGGCCUCGUCGACGUCUCGUCCAAAGCAAAACUCAACCAGAUGGUCCAGGAGGACCUCCCGGCCGACAACGACGCGCCAGCACAGUCGAAAACCGCCAACUUCUUCCAGAGAAAGUUCAAGUGGAUCAUCAUGCUGUUCCGCUUCGGCGUGUACCUUCCUAUGUGGGUCACGUGGUUUGUGCUGCACAACUGGGUGCAGGUUUUCAACUCGACCCUGCGAGUGAUCAGGGAGUCGUCGAAACUCGCCGAGUUUCUGGAGCUGUGCGAGGAGCCGGAGCCGGCGCGGCCGCCGCUCACCAAACGGCUCAGCGAGGCCAGCAUUGACCUGCACCGCCUCGAGCACGGGCUGCACGACCAGGGAGACGAGUUCAUCGACUCGGUCUUCGAUGCCAUCACCUCCACCAACGACAUCAACCGCAGCAUCUUCGAGGCGCGCGAAAACGGCCCGCUCUCGCUCACCACCACCAUCAACAAGAUCGGCGAGUUCGACCUGUCUGCCGAGCCAGACACCCCAGACGCGCUGCGGUACCGGCAAAUCCUGAGUCCGUUCAAGUUGGACCUCUCCGAGCACCAGAAGGACAUUGUCAAGCAUCUCAACAAGCUUCCGUGGCGCAAGUUCCCGAUCUACAUCACCCAGACAAACGCCACGCACGCAGCCGCAAUUGUCCGGCACGACGAUCCCGCCUUCGAGGAGGGCAAGGUCGUGGUGAAGCAUUUCGUUGAGCAAGUGUUCCAGCAAUAG